ACAGUUUAACCAACACCCAACAUCUGGUAGUCGGAAAGAAAACACAGUUUUCAAGUGAAAAUUAUUCAAAAAUGGCUUCGCCCAUCCCUGAAAGAUCUAACUGCAUAUUCUGUAAUAUCGUUAAUAAAUUUGAAAAUACGGAAAUAUUGUAUGAAGACGACGAUAUUUGUGUUUUUCCGGACAUUAAACCUGCGAGCAAGCUACACCUUUUAAUUAUACCUAAACGGCAUAUUGAGGACGUGAAAUGCUUAACACCAGCUGAUAAGGAGUUGGUAAAUAAAAUAUUGAUGGUAGCCCAUGAACAAUUGUCUAAAAAUAAUCUAUCAUUGGAUGAUGCUCGAUUAGGAUAUCACUGGCCGCCCUUCCGCAGUGUGAGACAUCUGCACUUACACGCCAUAGCGCCUGCCUCAGAAAUGGGUUUCAUUUCGCGACUUAUUUUCAGAAAGGAUUCAUACUGGUUUGUGUCUCCUGACUAUGUCGCUUCAAGGCUUUGAUGGUGCCCUUCCAAACUUUAGUACAAUUUAAUUCCAGCUAGUGACGAUUUACCACGUAAAUUCAUAAUAAUAUAAUUUAUUUAGUAUUAGUUUCUAAAUACUGGACCUACAAAACCUAAUUUUUUAUUCGAUAUGUCAUGACUUGACAAUGUCAUUAACAUGUUAUGGCGGGAAACGAAGAAACACAAAAACUGACCUUAUUGCUGGUUGUUAAGGUGCAAUAUCCAAAUGUUGCCAUUUAGAUACUAAUCUAGAACGUGUCAUUCCAUUUAGACGAUUCUUAGGAAGCGCCUAUCUUUAUGAUAAAAUUGUAGUAGUAUAAGUUCUUUCAACGUUUUCCUUGUCCAUAGUUUUAAAUUUUAAUUUGUUUUGUAAAUAUGAUUUCAUGUGUUAUAUUUAAUUAUUAUAUUAAUUUGUUUAGCGGGAAUAGUAUGUAAUAAAGGGAAUGCUGUGUU